AUAAAAAAAUCCGUAGCUCAUGGCAAAUCGACGGAGGUUCAUGGUUCAUGGUUUCCAUCUUUCUUGUAGUCUUGUAGACUCUUUGAAAGGAGCAUUUGAAACAAUUUUUUUGAGGUUGUAAUUAAUUAUUUAUUUAGAAGUGUGAUAUUGAAGAGAUAGAUAUCGGUAAGAAGAAAAGGAAAAGCUCAAUACUUAUUUAGAUAUUUACUCCUACGCUAAAUGAUUAUUAAGUGAUUUUCGCUGUAGAGAAAUUUGUUUUCUUAACUCCAAAUGGCAAAGGUUGAAAUAAAUAACGAGAUUGUUCUGCUGCGACAUACGGUUCGUCAAGCACGAGUUUGUAUAGUGAAUAAGCUUAUCAGAGAAGCUAAACUCUUACGAAACAGACAUGGAAAUGAAACGCAACAGGAAAAAUGUAAAAAGAAAGCUGAUAAACUUUUCGCUGAAAUUUAUGCAUUGAAAGUAAUUAAAGACGAUGAUAUUUCCAAGUUUGGUAUCAUAAAUGAAAGAGAUUUGACUACAAUAUUACAAGAUGAGUCUUUAAGUCAUAGCGAUCGUGUAAUAGCAAGAGUUGCAUAUUAUAAAACUUUGUACAGAAGACUAAUGCAAUUUAAGGAGAAGUUCCCAGACUGUAAAAGAUAUUUAGUAGAAGAAAAGAAGAAAAAUGUUAAGUUAAAGAACAAAGGUAUUGCAAAAACUAAAAAGUCUUUAAAAGAAGAUCCUCAAUCUCAGAAUGAAAGUUUAGAGCAACAAAAAAUUAAUUCUUGUAAAAACAUUAAACAGUCUCAAUAUAAAUCUAAAAAUGAAGAAACAUGCAGUACCGAAUUACUUGAAGCCGCAAAUAAUUUGGAUGAAUGUGAGAAAUCAUUGAAUGAGGAUAAUACACUUCUGAAAAAAGAAAAAGUGUUAAAGUUAGAAGAUGAUACAUUGGAGGAUACAGUUGUACAUAAGCAACCAAAUGUAAUUAAAUCAUGUAGUGUUACAAAAGAAGCUACUGUAAAAAAAUUUACCCAACUCUUAGAGGAACAAGAAUCUAGCAAAAAUGUGGAGAUGUCUAUCAAAACUCCAGAUUCCACAACUGAACAAGCAAAAAUAUACGAUGAUUUUUUCAUUACGGGAGAUAAUCAAGAUUCUCAGACGAGUAGUAUUAGUGCCUCGACAUCAUAUGUAAAAUCUCACGAACAUAAUACACGAGUAAAAACAUUCCAAUCAAGUAACGGAGCUAAAAAGCAAAAUAUAAAGUACAAAAACGAUUCAAAUUUCCAUAAAAGAUAUCAAGAUAAACAACCUUCUGUUAAGCGAUUAAAUAAUAGAGCAUCUGACAAAAUUAAUAAGAGUAUAAAUAAGAGUAAUUCAAAUGAUGUCAAUAACAAAGAAAAAGAUACUGAUUUGCAUCCCUCUUGGUUGGCUAAAAGAAAAGAACAGAAAGUCAUGAGCCAACAAUUUCAAGGAAAAAAAAUUGUAUUUACCGAUGAUUAGAUUAACAUCUGUAAUAAUUUAUAAUAGUAACAGUUCUGUAAAAUUAUAAUAACAAAAAAACUUUAAAGAAUUGACCAAGGACUUUGUAUUGAGAGUGCAUUGCAAAUUUAUGAUAUAUGCCUGCAAUUAUUUUGACAAAUGUUUACAUAUGUACAUUUAUUUAAUGUAAUUUAUACAAACGUUCUAUGAUAUUAAGAUGUUUUUUUUACUUUAUAAAUAAUUUAUAAUGUUUGUUAUACAAGAUACAGUUGUGUGUUAGUCGAUAUACAUUUUCAUUCAACAUAUCCUGCAUUAUGCAAAAUAUGUUAUAGAUGUAACAACGUAUUUGGAAAUAAUAUUUAGUCAAACGAAUAAAGGCGAAUAAAAAUAUGAAUUUAAGCAAUUAAAUAAAGAAAAUAUUCGGUUUAAUAC